CCACCUCUCAGCGCCCUCGGCCUUUUUCCCCGCCCCCUCCUCCUCCCGCGAUUGGCCAAGGUGUCGUGGGAUCGGGUAGUAAUUGGUUCCCGUAGACAUCAGCCCGCCUUGUUCCGUGCGGCGCGGCCUGGAGGGAAUUCCGAGUCCCUGGAGCUGCGGCAGCGGCGGCGGAAGUGACCGGAGCAGUCCCGCUUCUGUCCCCGCCCCGGCGCGGCCGGCACCAUGCUGCCCUUAUCCUUAUUGAAGACAGCCCAGAAUCACCCCAUGUUGGUAGAGCUAAAAAAUGGUGAAACCUACAAUGGGCACCUUGUGAGCUGUGAUAACUGGAUGAACAUCAAUUUGAGAGAGGUCAUAUGUACAUCCCGGGAUGGCGAUAAGUUUUGGCGCAUGCCUGAAUGUUACAUCCGAGGCAGUACCAUUAAAUACCUGCGGAUUCCUGACGAGAUUAUUGACAUGGUAAAAGAAGAGGUGGUGUCCAAGGGCAGGGGCCGUGGUGGCGUGCAGCAGCAAAAGCAACAGAAGGGGCGUGGUGCAGGUGGAGCUGGCCGAGGUGUGUUUGGAGGUCGAGGCCGAGGGGGCAUUCCUGGUAGCGGAAGAGGACAGCAGGAGAAGAAGCCAGGCCGGCAGGCCGGGAAGCAGUGAGGGCGUGAUCAUGUCCCGGCCUUGGCAGAGACUUUGACGGGAAGACCCUUUGCUGCUACCUUGUACCUGCCUUCAUGACUUGAUGUCCUGUUUCUAAUUUUUGGUUAAUGAAUCUGUUUUUAAAAAAAAAAAAAAAAAAGUAAAAAAGAAAGUUGGAGGCUGGGAAGGUGUUGGGGAAGAAUCCUAUGAAUCAUGUUUUUUGUAAUCCUUUGAAAUCCUCUUAUUUAGCUAAAGUUUGAGUAGUCAUUGUCUUACUUGUUUUAGCCACCAUUUUAGAAUUAGAAACUUCGAGGGCUUUUCAGCUUUUUGAAAUCCUUGGUUCCUGGAGACUUGAUUCCUAGAAAAAGUUCAAUACCAUUUCAUUUGAAAGACUGAGCCCUUUUAAAGUACAGCUGAAUAUGGUGGUCUUUGUUCCCGAUUUAAGGGCAUUUCGAGAGUGAUUUUCAUUUGCUGCCAUGUGUCUUGUGAUGUUUGCUUUAAGAUUUGGGCAUUUCUGACACAUGGCAGGUUUUUUCCUUCAAAGUUACAAGCCCUGAAACCAUCAGGGAGGUAUUUCCUUUAAGUCUGUUCCCCAACGUUUUUGCUUCUCCUUUUUUUAAAAAAAAAUUUUUUUUUUAACUGAAAAUAGAGGUUGGAACUUGUUUCAGGGAAUAAUUAUUGGAAGUUUUCCUGUUCUUUUCCCAGUAUUUGUUUUGGGGAAACCACUUUAGUUUGUGUGACUGAAAUAAAAAUAAUACAACAAUAA